AUGAUCACCCGGGAUGUUGUCUUCUACGAGGAGGUGAACUACCUGCAUUGGAAGGGAGUAGAGAAAGAGAUUGCAGCAGCAGGGACAGCAAUUGCACCGGACAAGGUGGACGAUCUUUUGGAAGAAAAGGAGAGUGAGGGAGUUGGUGAUGAAGGAGAUGAGGAACUCGAAGAUGUGGAACGGGCAGAUUCAGUUGAUUGGGUGUGGGAGAAGGCACCAACCAGGGAAGCGGAUGAAAGCAAGGUAGUGGAGAUAGCAGGGGAGCAGCCAAGCAAAGAAGUAGCUGAGGAUGGCAUUGAUGAAGUGGCUGAAGAAGAGGGAGAUGAAGAAUCAGCAGCUGAAGGAGAUAGUGAUCCUUGGAAGCUUCUAAACAGUGAUGACAACAAUGCCAAGAUGAGGGAGAUAGAGGAAUUACUUGAGGAGGGCGCCAUCGUGAUUGGAAGGGAAGUGAAGAAUGGAGAAGGGAAAGCACUGGUGGAUUCCAGUGAGGAUGAGGUCGAGUCACCUGCAGAGGAGUUGGGGAAAGGAAAGAGGACUAAAGGCUGCGCACGUACAAGAGCGAUCCGCGCAGUGGCGGAGCGCAUGGAGCUCCCCGUGGACGUGCUCCCCGCGCACCCCGACGGCUGCGCGCUGCUGGGCGACGCCGACCGCCUCCUGCGCUCCGCGCCGCGCGAGCACGUGGAGCGCGACGGGUGGCAGCGGUGGCGAUGGCACACGAAGCUGUCGAUGGACUUCGCAUACGCCGUGCGACAGUGCCUGGCGACGCGCCCGCGCUACGUGCUGCUGCUGCAGGACGACGCGUUCCCCGCGCGGCUGUGGGACGUGGGCAUCGAGCGCUUCAUGGCGCGCGACCUGCGCGGCAAGGCGCCGUGGGACGUGCUGUCGCUGUACUACCCGCGCUCGUACCGCUGGAACCUGCAGCACGCGCAGGAGUACGACAUCCCCUGCUGCGCGCAGUCGCUGCUCUUCUCCGCCCGCUCCGCCGCGGAGGCGGUGGCGCACGUGGAGCGCGGAGUGACGCGCGCGCCCAUGGACCUGCUGCUGCACGAGUUCAUCGGCGGCGCGGCGGAGGGCGGGCGGCAGCGGCGCGCGUACGUGCACGUGCCGUCGCUGUUCCAGCACACGGGGCGCGUGCGGUCGACGGGGCAGGGGCGCGAGAAGGCGAGCUUCCACGAGGACGUGCAAUUCCCCGACGAGCGCGUCGAUGACCCGUACCGCGCGGAAGAGAAGCUCGCGCUGCUGCGGGGAAAUGCGGGGGUGCGGCGCGCGGAGGGCGCGUGCGGGCAGGUAGAGCCCGACGGAUGGCACGAGUUCCUGGAGAAGCAGCAGCAGGACUUGGCGCAGCAGAUGGCGGCCGCCGUGCACGGCGGAGGCGGCGCAGGGGAUGUCGCCGGCGCGCGGAGAUCCGAGGACGAGCGAGGAGCGGCGAGUGGAGAGGAGGAGCGGAGCAGCGGGCAGCGGCAAGGAGCAGGAGGGGGUGAAGAGGAUGCAGGGGUGGCAUUGUCGAGUCUGCAGCAGGUGCCGUGGGAAGGCGAGAGCGCUGAGAGCGCGGGGCUGCGGCCAAAGCUGCGGGCGGGGGUGAGCGGCGACGUGCUGCGGCGGCACUUCCUGAUGAAGGAGAUGGUCAUGGCGCCCGCCCUGGCGGACACGAUCCUGGCGCCCGCCCUUGGGCACGCGGAUCGCGCCAUGCUGCAGAGCUUGUCCCCCCCAUGUGCGUCCACGGCCACCCACUGCCAUACCGCCGCGCACUGCUCCACUCCACCCACGUCUUUGCACCUCCCACCUCGUUGCACCUCCCUCACUUGCCCAUCGCCUCCCACCAUCUCUCGUGUCACCAUCUCGUUUCCCUCAGCCUUCCCCGCUGUUCACCCCCUCACGCUGCCAUGCGCUUCGCCUGAAUCACGGCACAGCACCCUUCCCCCCUCCUCUCUCCCCCCACCCCGCUGGCAGGCGCUGCUCACCCACCUGCGCACGCGCGCUCUGCUCUGCCCGCCCCCACCACUGCCCCCACACGCGCUGCCAGAGUCGCCGGACGACACAGCACCCUCGUCUGCACGCAUGCUGCCUCCCACCGCGGAGAUGGGCACACAGGGCGGGAGCGCUGCGCAGGAGACAAGCAAGGUGGGGCAGGAGCAGCAAAGGCAGCAGCCGCAGCAGCAGCAGGCGGGGAGGGAGGGCGGGCAGCGUGAGUCAGCAGCGGACCUGGCUUCCCUGCGGGCGUCACUGGCUGCAUCCCGCUCGCCACAGGACUGCUGGAGCCGAACCGAGAUGCACGCGUACAUGCCGCCCGCCCACUCCCCCGCCCCCUCUGCAGCCUUCACCCACCUUCUGCGGCGUUACCAAGCCUUGCACCGCCGCUGCACCGCCCGCCUUGACUUCAAACGCGGCCUGCCGCCCGCUGAUGCCUUGAGAGCGGUGGUGGCGGCAGGGAGUGCGGAGGGCCACGCUCCGUGCCAGUACCUCUUCUAUCGGGACUCCAUUGCCGGAGUGGGCAACCGCAUGUUGGCGUUGGUAUCAGCCUUCACGCUAGCGCUGCUCACCAAUCGCACGCUGCUGCUGUCCGCAGCCUCCUUUCCCGCCACCGCCUUCUGCCAGCCCUUCAACGCCUCUGAUUGGACCAUCCCUGCCGCCCACUUUGAGGCCAUAGUGAGGGAUGUGGGUAAGGACGCCAAGCCCAACGAGUUCCCUCCCUCCAACCGCUCCCUGCACCUCGACUACCCGAGCGGCUUCUGGUGGAACGUGGUGUGUGACGACGAGCAGCAGCGCAUGGCACGCACGCCCGUGCUGCUCUUCACGUCCUACUUCUACACUCUGCCUGCCCUCUACUUCCGCCCCUCCUUCCAAGCCGCCCUGGACAGCUGGUUCCCGGACCGCCGCCCGUUCACACAUGUAGCGCGCUGGCUGCUGCAUCCGGCCAACUUCCUCUGGCUCGCCGUCUCGCAGGCCUUCUCCGCCUACCUCUCCCCGCACAGCCCCCGCCUCGCCCUGCAGAUCCGCCCAGUGGAGGAGACGGAGGAGGACAUCGUGCCGCGCAUCCUCACCUGCGCGCACUCCAUCGCGCGCCUCCUGCCCGCCGUGGGGCUCAACGAUUACGAGGACGGCGCUGCCAUGUUUCACGCAUCCACCAAUGCCACCACCACCACCGCCACCACCACGGGUGAAGGCCCACCGGCAGCAGGCCAUGGGCGGUCAGCGGCGGUGAUUGUGGCGUCGCUGAGCACGCGCUUCGGGCAGCAGCUGCGGCUGCGAUUCGUCAACAACCCCUCUGCUGAUGGCUCGCUCAUCGCCGUGCACUGGGUGCAUGCGGAGGAGAGUCAGAAGUUUGACUGGCCUCACUUCGGCACGGCUGUCAUCGACAUCUGGCUGCUCGCCCUCUGCGACUCGUUCCUGGUGACGGAGGGGUCAACACUGGGCAUGGUGGCGGCGGGGCUGGCGGGCGCCACGCCGCACAUCAUGAACAUCAUGCUCGACACCUCCACCAGCCAUGACUGGCGCUCCAAUGGCCGCCCCGAGUGCCAGCUCGGUGGGGCGGAGCCGUGCCUCAAGACGCACCACGGGCACGCUCAGGUUCUUGCCUCCGCCCCACCUACCUACCUAACUGCUCCAGUGCCCUCUAACGAAAACCCCUUUAUCGACCCCCGCUCUAGCGACCCCCCCUCUAGCGGCCCCCCUCUAGCGCCCUCUAGCGCCCCCCCUCUAGCGCCCUCCUUCGACAUAGCCCCUUCUCUUCUCCCACUCCCCACCCUCCCAUGA